CCAGCCAACCCGCCGCACUAACUACGGGCGAGGCGUUGGACCACCUCACUUCCGACUUGCUGGAGGCAGAAGAGUAGACGAGGGUAUUAUGAGUAGCGGAGGGGAUAAUGUACAGAUUGCGGUGCGUAUGCGUCCGUUUAACGAGCGUGAGCUUGCGCUAGAGUCACCGGCGUGUGUGACCAUGCCGACGGAGCACAUGGUGGUGGUGACGGACCCAACGGAUGGCGAGAAGCAGCACUCGUUCUCCUUCAACUAUGCAUACAACUCGUUUGUGGAUGCUCAUGAUGAGGCGUACGCUUCGCAGGAAAAAGUGUUUGAUGAUCUGGGCAAGGCCUAUCUCGAGGCCGCUUGGGCUGGCUACAACACCUCGGUCUUUGCCUACGGCCAGACCGGCGCCGGCAAGUCGUACUCGAUGUCCGGCUACGGGGAGGAGCUUGGUAUCGUUCCCAGAGGUCUGCGCGAAUUGUUUGCCAGAAUUGAUGCCAAUCAGGUCGAUGAUCUCUCGUUUCGGGUCGAGGUCUCGUACUUGGAGAUCUACAUGGAGAAGAUCCGCGACUUGUUCAACCCCAAGCAGGCAGUGGCGAGCCUCAAGGUCCGCGAGAGCCCCAAACUCGGCAUCUUCGUCGAGGGCCUCUCGCGCCGGGCGGUGACCUCUUACGAGGACGUCGAAGUUCUGAUGGAGCUGGGCAACACCAUGCGGACGGUGGCGCAGACAAACAUGAACGCCACCUCGUCGCGCUCGCACUCGGUCCUCACCAUCUACCUCACCCAGACUCGAGUGGACCAGGCGACCAUGACCGCAUCUGACCUGACGAGCAAGAUCAACCUCAUCGACCUUGCCGGCUCCGAGCGGCAGAACAAGACCGGCGCGACAGGGAAGCGCCUCAAGGAGGGCUCCGCCAUCAACCAGUCGCUCACCGCCCUCGGCAACGUCAUCGAGGCGCUGGCCGACAACUGCAUGCCGGCUGAGCAGGGCAAGCGCCGGCGGAAGCGCAUUGUGCCGUACCGCGACUCGGCGCUCACCCGCAUCCUGCAGGAGAGUCUUGGCGGAAACGCCAAGACCAUCAUGGUGGCGGCUAUCUCUCCGGCAGCCGACAACUACAAGGAGACUCUCUCGACGCUGCGCUACGCCAACCGGGCCAGUAAGAUCCAGAACGUGGCCGUCAUCAACGAGUCGCCCAACGACAAGGUCAUCCGCGAGCUCAAGGAGGAGGUGGCCCGACUCAAGGCGCUGGUCGCCUCAGGCGGCGCCGGCGACGCGUCGGCUGCCCCGGCCGAGGACGCGGCCAUGGCCGCCGAACUCGAUGCGCUGCGGGCACAGCUAGCGCAGCAGACCCAGCUCAUGGACUCGCUCGGCCUCUCGGCUGCAGACCGACGGGCCGAAGCCUCGGCUUCGUCCAAGGCCGCCAUGGACGAGCUCAAGUCGGACCUGCGCGCUGUGUCGGGCAUCGACGUCAACGUCGACACCUCAAAGCCCCACCUGGUCAAUCUUGCCAACGCGUCCAUCAAGUACGCGCUGGACAUAUCGGCGGCUGCGUCAGGCGUGACCUUUGGCUCGUCGCCCGAGGCCACCUACACCCUCGGCGGCAUCCUUGUUGCUCCGAUCCACAUGCGCAUCGUGACCGAGGCCGAAAAUGGCAGUGUGACCUGCCAGCCUGGCAAUGCACAGGCGCCCGUGCGGGUUAACGGCGUCGAGGUCGCCGCCGCCGGCGCCAAGCUGGCCAACGGCGACCGCCUGGUCAUCGGCAACAACCACUUUCUGGUGUACGCGGACGGCGCGUCCGCUCCGUUUGGCCGCACUGCCCUGCUCAAGGUCUACCAGCUCGCCAUGAAGGAGAACGCGACUGGGGCGCGGUCGUCCAAGCUCGGCGCCGGCGACGCGGCCGAGCUCGAGCUCGAUGCUGCCGCGCUCAUUGACAAGCUCGAGGCCGGGCUUGUGGCACUCAUGCCCGACAUCUCAGAGGCCAACGCGGCAGCGGCGGCGCUCGGCAAGACGGUCCGCUACGCGCCGCACAUCCAGCCUGCGCUGGUCGGCGGCGCCGCUGGCCGCCACGAGCCAGCCGUCUUUGUCCGCCAGCUACACCUCGAGUGUGAGGCGUGCGGGCCGGCAGGCCCAGCCGCCGGCCCGGUCGCGCUCCUCGAUGCCGACACCUUUGCUGAAAGGCUGUUCAACAUGAUGGAAGUAGUGGAGAACUAUCGCGCUUUUGGCCUCGCCGACAACGGCGGCCCGGAUCCGUUCUCGCUCGAGACCGAUGUACUUCUCGGCUCGGCAUACGUGAUUCCGCUCGCGCUUUCGCGCGCCGGCUCCAUUCGCGCCGUCACCACGCCGGUCCUCUCGCCGCACGGCCACUACCGUGGCCGGCUGACAGUCUCGAUCGAGCCGCAGCUCUCGGACGCCGCGCGUGCCAAACCGUCGCUCUGGCUUCAGCCUGCGCACGUCGUCGACGUCAAAGUCACCACGGCAGCCGCGCCCGACGCUGCCCCUCUCUUCCAGGGCCUCGUCCGCAUGCGGGUCUCCGACGAGGUCAUCGACACCGUCCUCAAUGAUGCACUCGUCUUUGAGGUCUAUGGCGUCGUCGCUGAUGCCGCCCACCCGGUCUCGCCCUUCUCGCUCCGCCAUCUUGCCGCCGGCCUCACCACCGCCGACGACCUCUCCGACCUCUCGGAUCUCUCGGAUCUUGACGAGGGCGAGGAUCUGGAGCUUGGCGAGGAUGAGCUGGCCGCUCUGGACGCGUAAACUUUGCGGAGC